AUGGUGGAAAGCCGCAACCCCGUAGACGAAAAGUGGUUUCCGCGGGCAAUUCUGCCCCAAGGCGAGCCCAAGCUGCGGGUCUUUUGCUUCCCCGGCGCCGGCAUGGAGGCCUCGAUAUGGACGGGGCGGGGCACCAGCCUGUCCCGGAUGCCGAACCCGCUGUGCGACUUUGCGCAGAAAGAAGGAGUGGCUUUCCUGGCCCUCCAAAUGCCCUUCCGCGGCCUCCGCCGCAGAGAGGCCCACCCCCGCACGCUCCGCGCCGCUGCGGCGCAGGCCCUCGACGCCAUGCGGCCCCUGAUCUCGAAGGGCUGCUGCCCGUACGUGCUGGUGGGCUACUCGAUGGGCUGCUGGCUGGCCUUCGAAGUGCUGCAGCAGGCGAAGCUGGAAGCACUUUUGCUGCCGCUGCACUUCGUUGCUGCUGCGAUGGUCAGCCCCGACCUGCCGCCCCACAGGCGCCCCUGGACCGCCACUGCUGCCCUCGACACUGCCGCCUUCCAGAUCUCGAAGGGCUGCUGCCCGUACGUGCUGGUGGGCUACUCGAUGGGCUGCUGGCUGGCCUUCGAAGUGCUGCAGCAGGCGAAGCUGGAAGCACUUUUGCUGCCGCUGCACUUCGUUGCUGCUGCGAUGGUCAGCCCCGACCUGCCGCCCCACAGGCGCCCCUGGACCGCCACUGCUGCCCUCGACACUGCCGCCUUCCAGAAUCAACUGCGGCAGUGGAACUGCAACGAAGUGCUCUUUCAAAAAGACAUGUGGGCCGCCUACGAGCCGCUGCUGCGCGCAGACCACAACAUGCUGGAUGAGUACCAGCCCACAGACUUGACGCCCUUGGACAUCCCCUGCUCCGUCUUCCGCGGCAGCAGGGACCUGCAGCUGGCAGACAACUCCCUUUUCGAGGGGUGGUUCCGGCUGCUGCGAAGCAAACCAGCAGCAGCAGCAGCAGCAGCAGCAGCAGGCCCCCAAGUCCAAACCCUAGACGGAGACCACGGCCUCGUCUUCGACCCCAACGGCCGCAAAAACUUCUUCAACAAAAUCGUUGAAGUUCUCGACGGCGUGCUGCUCGCCAUAGAGUACGGGCAGUGA